AUGUCGGAUCUGAAUGCAAAUGAGAAUGAGAGGGAAGCAAACCUGAGUGCUUCCGAAGUACUACGAGCAGCUAAACAUCAAUUAAUUGAUGACCUUGUGCAGAAUCCUUCGGGUCGCCAUCGUAACUAUAAUGAAGGGGGAUGUACCAUAGAGCAAUUCAAUCGAAUGCACCCUCCUUUAUUUGAUGGAAGAGGCGAUCCAAGUCUGGCAGAGGAUUGGAUUCAUGACAUUGAGGAGAUUUUGCGGGUCUUAACCUGUACAGAUGAGCAAAAAGUGGCGUACGCCACAUUCAAGCUUACUGGGGAAGCAAAGAGCCAAUUCCGUGAGGAUAAGGCUAUGGAAUUUGCCACCUUGAUUCGAAAUUUCUCAGAAAUUGUGAAUAAGGCCAUAGUUUUUGAAAGAACCCUCCAAAGAAGCACUGCAUUACAUGAACAAAGGAAAAGGACUACUCCUACUGGGUACCAUUCUGGCAUAGACCAGGGACCAUGGAAAAAGAGGAAUGAAGGUAGUAGCUUGGGAAAAAGGCCGGUUCAGGGUAACCAACAACCCUAUCAGUGUAGGACAUGCAAUCAAGUGCACUCCGGAGAGUGCAGAAAAGGGGCAGGAUCGUGUUUUCGUUGUGGCAAAUCAGGACACUACAUCAAGGACUGGCCAAUGCAAUUGGGUAGCAACAAGGCGACCAUACCGCCACCUCAGAGAAGUGAAGUUCCAGCACGGGGUAGCAACCUACGUCCUACUGCGCUUGCACGAGUUUUUGCAUUAACACCUAGAGAGGUUAAGGAUAGGAAUGAUGUGAUCAUUGGGUUGAAAGUAAGGUUGGUUCCACCCAUCAUAUCUGCCAUUCAGGUUGGAAAAUUGUUACGUGAUGGUUGUCAGGGAUUCUUAGCCUAUGUGGUUGAAGCACCAAAGGAAGAAUUGAAGUUGGAACAAAUACCUGUUGUGAGUGAAUAUCAAGAGGUUUUUCCAUAA